GGAUUUUCUGCAUAAAAACGGCGACCGGAGCAGAUACAGAGAUACAGAGAGAGACACGGGGACACAGACAGGGACACACACAGACGCGGGGACAGACAGGAGUUUCUGGUGACGUCACCGUUAGGUUGAUGUGACUUUACAGAGUGUUUGAGCUGUACACUGGACUUUAUAACCGGUCCUGAAGAACAGAAGGUUCAGCAGCAGUGUUUAUAACAGGAGCUGAAAGUCAUUAGUGAGGAAGACGCUGGUGUGAUGAAGACAGUCUGUGCAGCUGAAAUGGUGCCUGAGAUUAAAGCAGCAGUCAGUUUUGUGGUCAGACUUCUGAGGACCAGCGGCGUCCUGCCUGAUACACAGUUACAGGUGUUCAGGGACUGUUUACAACAAGCUCUGUCAGAUCGUUAUAGGCACCACUGGUUUCCUGACAGACCACAGAAAGGUUCUGGUUACCGCUGCAUCCGGAUCAACCAUGAGAUGGACCCUCUGAUUGGUGGGGCAGCGAGUCGGAUGGGCCUGAGUGCAGAGCGGCUCUUCUCGCUCCUCCCCCGAGAGCUUACUCUGUGGAUUGACCCCUACGAGGUGUCGUACAGGAUCGGCGAGGACGGCUCCAUCUGUGUCCUGUACGAAGCAGAGCCUCUGGCGUCCUCUCCGGCUGCGUCCGCACUGUCGCCGUUUGACCCUCUGAACUGUAAGAAGGGUUUCAUGAUGAACGGCAGGACCAGUCCUCCUAAACACUACCUCAUGACCGUCUCGAGCUGAGGGGACAUGAGGACAUGAAGCUGUGCACAGGACCGUUUAACCUUUCUGAGACUUUCUAUUUCUUGACAUUUAUUCUUUUGUUUACUCCUCAAACCAUUUAUUUUACUAGUCGAAAGCACUGCCUAAUGUUCCAGGGAUCGCACAUUCCUCCACUUGCACCGUAGGCGUGUGCCGAGACUCGCUCUGAAUCCUGCCAAAACUGAUUAUCCCAAGUUUUAUGAGGAGGGAAAACAGCCUGUAGCUUCUGUCGUGUCUCCUUUUCCUUGACUUGAUCUGCCACAAAGUGCUGCCUACCUUAGGAACCUCCUCCUGUGUGGAAUGUGAAGCUGGUAAUGGUCUUAUUGCCCAAAUCUGCUGCCUGUGCAGGGUCCCUCCUCCUCCUCAGGGAGGAUGAAGGUGAUGACCUUGUGUGUGACUGAUUAUCAGCACAUCCCUAACACACUGACGCACCAUCGUGUGUUUUAAUAUGGUGGUGGUUGUUUUACACCCACAUCAAAGCUUGGGUGUGAGACGAUGCUCAGUCGCUCCAUCUCUUACUGGUGAGGUUGUUUUUAUAAACAACAUCAUCAUCACCUUUACGGUUGUUGUGGUUGUUUCUGCACAAAGUGGCUAAUUUAAAGGAGCCCUGAAGUUUACUGCUGCCUUAAACACUGAACAUUUCUACCUGUGUGCAAUAUAAAAGGUGCCCCAAAAGUAUUUCCUCCUCUUGCUCCUCUUCCUCCUCAUCAUGAAUGUCAUGAAAUGAAUCUCAGUGGAAAAGUAAACGCGCCCCUCUUGCACUCGCCUUCUGUAGCAUUUUCUCUCUGAGCUGCUGAGCAGCUUGGUGUUUACUGGGUUUAGACGGAGACACUGUAGUUUGUAAGCUAUCUGAAGCAGUGUAUGCUUUUAUUGUACACUUUUUUUUUUUUAAUGGAUUUGUGUAUAAUAGAACUGUACAGUUUUGUGCCAUUUUUGUAUUACAAUAAAGAUUUAUAAAUAA